GUAGCCCCUGAGCUCCUUCGGGCACACGAGGACGCGGAGAUUGUGCGUUACUCGUUUAGCAAGAAGGGGCAGGUCACGUCCAGGGAGGUCUCGUGGUCCUGGGACGUGGGCUCUGCCCCGACCAGCCUCUCCGUCGCCUUCGGAGAGUGGGCGGCUGCUGCAGAGGGCACCCUGGUCGGCAUCCACGGCAUCGGCCAAGCUGACCUGGCCCGUCAUCUCGGCAGAGGAGAGGGGCCGAGGCUGACCCUCAAGCCGCUCAGCGCCCUUGUCAGGCGGGAGGCCAGGUUCAGGUUCAGCCUCCUCACGCACCGCCUGAGGAGUUGCCUCGACGUGGCCCUCCAGCGGCUGCGCGCGGAGAGCUCGGGCCGAUUGCACCCUCGGCAUGCCGACUGGUACGAGCACCAGGCCGAGCUCAGGGCGCAGCUCUUGCGGGAGGCGGUGCAGGAGGCGGACGACUCGGUCGGUCAGGGUCUUCCUGGUGCUGCGCCUGAGAGGUUGAGCGACCUGGUGUACCAGGCGGGCGUCCGCGGCAGUCCUGAGGCAGUCCGUGACCUCCAAGGGCUGCUCUAUGCUUCGCAGCGCCGCGAUGCGGCUCAGAGCGCCCAGGCCUGGCGCAGCUGGGCCCAGACAGCGGUCGAAAAGGGCGGCCGCCUGGCCCACCGCUUCUCGAAGGCGACGCCCCCGCCGACGGUCAGGGAUGCCGACUCGGGCAGGAGGCUGGCGGGUAUGGCAGCGAUUGGCGAACUCACGAGGGUCUGGCAGAAGCUUUGGCUCCAGGACGGGUUUGCCUCGGGCGCAGGGGCCAGCAGCUGGGAUGUGGGCGAGUGGCAGUUGCCCCCCAUCUCGCUGGAGCAGCUCCAGGCAGCCUGCAAGCGCUACAGCCCCUCUGUGGGCCUCGGGUGCGACUCCCUGCACCCUCGGCAGAUCCUCCUUCUGCCAGUGGCGCUGCAGCUGCGCAUCCUGGACAUCCUGGCGGCCUACGACGAGGCCGCGAGCCUCUUCCUGGACAUCAGCAAGUUCUACGAGCACGUGCGGCACGACGUUCUCUGGGCGAAUGCGGUACGUUUCGGGUUCAACCUCAGGUUGCUGCGCGGCCUCCUCACGUCCUACCAGGCCCCUAGGAUGAUCCUCGCGGCGGGCAUGGCCUCCCCCGCCUUCGGCACUACGGGAACGGUGCUGGCUGGGUGUGCGUGUGCGACAGCAGUUGCGAAGCUCCCAGUUCUGGGAGCCCUCCUGGCAGCGGGGGCGACGAGCCCGUUGGUCACGCCGAGGAAUGUUGUCGACGAUAUUUCUCUCCAGGCGGUCGGCACGGCUCGGCUCGUGAAGCUGCAGAUGGUGGCCGCCAGUUGUGAAGUGGUCCGACAGCUGCGUGAGCAGCACCUCCCACUCAACGAGAGUAAGUCGGUCUUCCUGGCCUCGUCGCCGCAGCUCGCCAAGGAGCUCUCUGAGGCUUGGGCGGAGCAUGGCUUUACCUUCAAGAGGGGACUUCAGGCGAGGAACCUCGGCACCGACGCCAACAUCACUCGUCGUGGAGUUCAUGAAGGAGCUGUGCGUGCGGUCAGCGGCCUUCGCCGAGGACGCAGGCUAGGGGUGCUUCGCUCAGCUGGCGCGGUCACCGAGAGGGUUCAUCGUGCUGGGCCCACCGCGGCGAUGCUGUGGGGGCGCACUGUCACUGGCGUACCUGAUAGGGAGCUGCAUACGUGGCGCCUGGCGGCGAUACGCUCAGCUGGGAAGUUCCCUAAGGGCGCCUCGCUCGGGCUGAGACUCAGAGUGGUGGAGGUCAUGAAGUCCACCGAUCUCGACCCGAGCCCCGCGCUGCUUCGUGCCGCGGUGCAGAUGGCGGCCAGUCUCCUCCAGUCGGGGGAGGUCCCGCUGCGCAUGUUCGAGUCGGCAGUGCAGGAGGCAGUGCAGAGGCAUGCUGGGGCAGCAGCCCCUUGGGUGCACUGCCGCACGCCGGUGGAUGCCCUGGCCCUCUCGCUCUCCAGGGUUGGCUGGAGGCUUGUUCUCGGGGCCCGCCUCGCAACCGACGACGGCCAUCUCCUGGACCUGCGCAUGUUGGGGCCGCGUGAGCUGGGCCUGCUGGCUGCUGCAGGGGCACGGCGCGCGUCGGACAAGUCGGAGCUGCCCGCCUCGGCCACGGGGCGCUCCCCCAGCGUGACUCUACCUCUGACCGCCUUCGGCGCUGUGCGCAUCGUGCACGCGGCCGUGGCGAAGAGGACAGACGCCAUGUCAGUCAUGUGGUGCAAUCGCCCUGCUGACGGUCUUCUCGGGGGGCGGCUCUAUCUGGAUGGGUCGGCGCUCGACCCUGAGCACGAGAGCCUGCGGCGUGCGGGAUGGAGCAUCGUGCAGUGCGACUCCGACGGCAACAUGGAGUGCGCGGUGUACGGCAGCGUGCGCCAGGACCUCUGCCCGUUCCAGACGGCGAAGGACGGCGAGGACUUCGCGGUCUGGAUGCUGUCUCGCUUCCUGGGCCCGAGCGUUGACGAGAUCCUCAUCGACUGCGCGUCCACGGUCAGCUGCCUCACGUUGGGUAAGAAGUACGCGACGGCAGCCAAUAAGCCCAACGCCCACCUCUGGGAGGGGAUCUACGCGUCGCUAGACGUGGACACGCUCAAGGUGACCAAGGUCGCGGCCCACUGCACCGCCAGAGACGUGAUGGAUGGCAAGAUCACGGAGGCGGACCUCCGUGGCAACGGACAUGCAGACCGCUGGGCCAAGGCGGGGGCGGAGCUCCACCGUACCAGCCCAGCUGCCAGGCGCGAGUUCUUUGGCACGAUGGAGGUGGUGAGGGAGCUCUCGUGCUGGGUGGCGCAAGCCUCCCUCAUCUGGCAGGGGAUCAAGGUCAAGGACUGCGAGGGCCUCCCCGAGGGCAGCGAGCGGGCGGCCGUUUCCUUCGCAGUGCCAGUGGUGGAGCCCGCCAGCAGCCGCCCUCCCGACCCGUGUUCGAGCGACGGGUGGGCUUCGGCGGCGAGCGCUGGUGGCGUCUCCCUCGGGGCGACGGCCUUCGUCGUCGUCGGCCACGUCCUGGCCUACGCCAAGUGCGGGGAGGGAGCCGCCGAGCAGGAGCUGAUGGCGUGCACCCACUGCGGGGCGUACGCGCGGCUGGGCGGGCGAUCAGGUGCGGCGCCCAAGCUCAAGGAGCAGUGCCCUGGUUCGGCUGGGCUUCCCAAGGGCAGGAGAGACCAGAAGGCGCGCUGGCUGCAGGGGCGGCACCCUGCUGGCACGCCCCACAGCGGCAGCAAGAGGGUCGGGGCGUCCGUGCCCAGCUUGCGCAAGGAGGACGUUGUGCCGAUGGCCGCCAGGGCGCGCUUCCUGGAGUGGCUGGGUGUCCGCCCCGAUGAUGCACCUGGCGGCGUGGCCGCCGACGCCGGCCGAGGGCCCCCCAGCGGCGCGGCGGCAGCAGGUGAGGCGGAGGCUGAGCCCCUGGCGCCUGACUCCUCGGGGACCUCGAGGGAGGCUUGGCUGAGCGCCUACGGGCUCGACGAAGCGAGCCUCCUUGAGUGGUCAGCCGCAGCAGAGACGGCGCGCGAAGACAGGCGCAAGAGACGCCGUCGCGCUGAAGGUGACGAAGGGGAGUGA